AUGUACAACUACAGCCACCUGGUUGUGAAUUCAAUCUGUGGCCGCCUUUCGCUUUUCCAACAGGAAGAUGCCCAUUCUGGCGCUAAACCGGCUCGUAAAGCAUGUCUACUGCCCUCACGACAAUUAAUUGAAGAAAAUGCCAAUAAAUUUGUUGCUAAUUUGCACAUUAACUGGACGUCCUACUCCGAAACAGACGGUCAUUUCGACCAUGUCGCAUUGUCACCGCCUUCGAACGGCUCUUCAAUCGGGGAAUUCACACAGACGCGGUGA